UUUCUCUUCGUCGCUUUGGUUCCAAGUCCGAGAGAAACCGCUAUGUGACCAUCAUUAAAUAUUCGCGUAUCUUCGGACGCGUCGCUGGUGCUUAUCAUUGGCGUUUCCGCGUUAUCUCGAAGGCGCGUCGUCGGCCCGAGGCGAUGCACGCUGACCCUAAAACCGACCUCGUGACUCCCGAUAAAACUCCUCCGGAAUACUGCCGGUUCACUGGAAACCAAGCACACGAACGCCCGCCGAUCUCUUCUUCGUUCAGUGUCCAUCGGUUUGACCAGCGAGAACAUUCGCGGGCGACUCGAAUCUACCGACAUCCAAAAAUGUUAUUUCUAAUACUGGCGGCGUGUCUCCUCGCCGUGACUCACGCCGGAUGUCCCAUGAGGCCGACGGUGGAACAAACUUCCGCAGGCAGGACGGCGGGAGAUGGUGGUUACAGAAUUCUCAUCAGCGGACAGACAGGCGGAUACAUCCCAAAUGCAAUUCAUACGAUUAGCUUGAGAGGCUCGCAAACGCAUGAGAGGCUGCAACAGUUUACGGUUUUCACGCUCACGGUGCACUCGCAGCAUGCGCCGAAUAAUCCUUCAACUCGAGUCGGUUAUUUCCAACUGUUUCCGGAUUCCUUGACGACUUUCAACGAGGACUGCAUUAACACGAUCUCCGAGACGAACAAUUAUCCGAAGUCCGAGAUCCAGGUGAUGUGGCGGGCGCCACCAGUCGGCUCUGGAUGUGUCAUUUUCACCGCGAUGGUCUUGGAAAACAACGUACGAUGGUACGCGGAGGACAGCGCUCUUACCAAGACCGUUUGCGAAUCGACAGGCACGGAAGUCGAAGGUGCAAACGAGACCAGAUGUUGCGCUUGCGACGAGGCAAAGUAUUCUCUAACUAUGGAGGGCAUCUGGUCAAAUAAAACACACCCGAAGGACUUUCCGUUUUCCGCCUGGCUGACUCAUUUCAGCGACGUCAUCGGUGCAUCGCACGAGCCCAAUUUUUCUUUCUGGGGUAGAGAUCACAUCGCGACCGAUGGCUUCCGUCAAUUGGCCGAGUGGGGUUCCGCGACGGGCGUGGAAGCGGAAUUGAGAGAGAAAUCCAGACACCUUAGAACGCUUAUCAAAGCUGCUGGUCUAUGGUAUCCCAAUGUCAAUUCGAAUACGACGACAAGUUUCAGGGUAGAUCGAAACCAUCCUCUUCUCUCGGUGGCUUCGAUGCUGGGCCCGUCUCCUGACUGGGUUUUAGGAGUGAGCAAAUUGAAUCUCUGCCAGAAGGAUUGCACCUGGACAAAAAGUAUGAUAGUCGAUCUUUAUCCUUGGGACGCCGGUACCGACAACGGCAUCAGUUAUAUGUCGCCGAAUUCCGAGACGAAACCACGCGAGAAGAUGAAGCCGAUAACGACGCUCUAUCCGGAAGACCCGCGAUCGCCGUUCUAUGAUCCCUCUGGCAGGCCCAUGCAACCGCUGGCCAGACUGUAUUUAAACCGUGAGAAGAUUAUCUCCCGCGAAUGCAACGAGGAACUUCUGCAGCAGCAAGUAACCGAGCUGGAAGUGGCCGAGAACACCGAAGACACGUCGAGACCGGAGUGCCAGACGACGGAUUAUUCGCCGUGGUCGUCGUGUUCAGUAACUUGCGGUAAAGGUUUAAGGAUGCGCACGAGGUCGUAUCGAAUGCCGGAGAAAGCUGCUAUGUUCAACUGUAACAGACAGCUGGUUUCGAAGGAGAUGUGUGUCUCGUCUAUUCCUGAAUGCUCGGGAGAAGAGGAUAACGACGACGAUGUGAUUCUGUCACAAAGUAAUGAUCCACUUUGCGAGACCACUGAAUGGAGCCAGUGGUCUGAGUGCUCGAGCACCUGCGGAAUCGGUACGAAAAUGCGAAUGAGGUUGUUCCGCGAUCGCCGUGGUCGUAAACGAUGCCCACUCGUGUCGCUCGUCGAGAGGGAGAAGUGCAUGGAGCCACCGUGCCAGGAGGAAGAGCAGCAAGAUCUUGUGUGCAAGAUGACGGACUGGUCCGACUGGUCGCCGUGCAGUGCUUCCUGCGGGAAGGGUGUGAAACUGAGGACCAGGCUGCUGAUGGUCGACCCGUCGCUGCAGGAGGAAUGCUCUUCGCGCGUGGAAUUGCUCCAGCAACGACCGUGCCUAUUUCAGUCAGACUGUACAUUCGACAUGGCAACGGCGAAAGUCGUAUGCAUGGAGGGUACAGACGCCGGCCCGUGCAGGGGCUACUUCCAGAGGUGGGCUUUCAACCCGCAGAAAUUAAUGUGCGUGCCCUUCGCAUACGGUGGAUGUCGUGGCAACCGAAAUAAUUUUCUAACGGCGGACGAGUGCAGCAGUACUUGCGGUGUCGUGCGAGCUGCUCUUACUGGUAAGGCCUUUAACGAGACCGUGAAUCAAGUUCAAACACCUACGGACUCCCUGAACCCUCCACCUCCUCCCGUGGAUUGUGUGGUAACCCGUUGGUCAAAUUGGUCACCGUGUAGCGUCACUUGUGGUAUUGGCCGCGUCACGAGUUACCGUACCAUCGAGCGAGAAGCUGCGAACGGCGGCCGUCCCUGCCCGAAGAAGCUGCAUCGUCGCUAUCGUUGCGAGCUGGCGCCGUGCGAGUGACGAAACGAGAAGAGGAAUCUAUAUACUCGGUGGCAUUUAAAUUAGGAUGUAUACGUAGUAGAUUAAGGAUUACUGAAGCAAAGGAUCUGUCAGAAAAAGAUAGUUUAAUUACAUUCGCAAAGAGGUAAAUCUCUGUAAAUUUUUAAUCUUAGAACGUACGAGACCUAAGCCACAUACACGAAUGCAUAACGUGGAUUAUUGUGUCCCGUGCGCAAUUUGAUUAUUUCUUAUAUUCUUUCGCGAGCGCGAUUCCUUUAUUCUACGCCAAAAAGCGCUACGGUAACAAAAAGAUAUAGUUUGAUUUAAAAUAUUUAAUUAUUAAAAACAUUUGGAUUAUAUAUAUUAUAUAUAUCGUAUGUAUAUAGGGAACGAAAUAUUCUAAUAACGUUCCACUUCACAAAACGAUCCACGUUGAACAUUCAAAUUAAUAUUAAUCGAUGCUUUUAUAGACUAUCAAUGUACAUUACUGCCAGUCCUCUAUCGCCGAUAUCUCCCUCCUUUCGAAUUAAUCGCGUUAAUAAACGUUAUACUCUGUUCUAUUCCUCCGUACAAAAUGCUAAAUGCGAAAUAAACGGAUUAUCAGAAUAAA